AUGAUACCAGGGGGCUGUUUCUCGAAGGGUUUGGCGUCAGAUGUCGACUCGGCCGCUGCUGCCGAGGAGUCUCUCUCUGCCACCGAGGCGUCGACGGUCAGCCAUCGCCCGGGUAAGGAGCCCCGUCAUGUCGCCUUUCUCCUCGAGAGGGACUUGAAGGAGACGGAGGAGGUACCGCACGCUGCUCUUGUUGGACGGUGCGGCGGCACCAGGGCCUGGCCCACUGGAGAACAAGUGUCAUGGAGUGGCAGAGCAGAGGCCGAUGCGCUCCGGCAGCGUGCGCUGCAGUGCGGCGAGGAUUUCGUUCGUGUGGCAAGCGGUCUCGGCUACGAAGUGGUGACGCACACCCCUACCGCGUUUCUUAAGCGCGAGAUGACAGAGACGACGGCUGCACCUGUUGCAGUCGACCAGCCUGAGAGGCAACCUGGGACCUGUUUUACAGUGGCGAAGGGUACGACGGCGAGCUCCAGCACCGGUGCUGCCCCGCUCAACACGCCGUCCGCCGCCGCGACGAUGGUAGGUGUUGCUGCUCCCUUCCGCUCCCGCGGCCCGGCGAUCUUUCUACGGGAGGGCGAACUUGACAGCUGCAGCAGCCGGUCCAGUUCCCUUGGCACCGAGGAGCAGGUCGGCAUGGUGCCUGUGCUCAGCCCGCUGCUACAGGGCAACGAGCCUGGCCAGUGUCACCACCCCACCGAUGCUUCUCUGCGCGCACUUGAACUGCAGGUGCCGCGCACGACUGGACCGCAAACUGGGAUAUACCGCUACCCUGCGGGGAUCGAAACCUGGAACUCCUUCCAGGAUAGCAUGUUCAACUCGGCAGCAGAGGCAAGUGGUGGACGUAUGUCGCCCCACCACUCAUCCCACACCGGAUUUAGGGCGGAACAUCACACCAACGACGGUGCUAACGCUCCAGCACCCACUACCGUUAACUACACGAGGGUUGUACAGUCCACACCCACCACCCCAGGGCGUCCGUUACCGUCGCCUCAUUCAGCCUUGAUGCAGUGGACAGCUUUUCCCACCCGCAACCACCCUGUCACCACCUCGUUCAUGCCCCCUGGCCAGCAGAGCAAUGCCUUUGCAGUCCGCUUCUCUAUCCUAGACGUAACCUCGUCGCGUGCCACCAGCAACAUCAACACUUCCCUGAGCACCGAUCACCUAAACGGUCACGAAUUCACGAACACCGGAGGCUCACAGAACACGAACGACCGCUUCUUCACGCCUUCCACCGUCGCGCUGAACACACCAGCGGUGCGCCUGACGGACGACGAGGAUUGGCCACGAGUGACGGACCGUUCCAUUCAGUGA